ACUUAUCUUUCACUUGUUUCAGUCAGUAGACUGCGGCCAUGCUGGGGCUAAGUUUGUCUCUUUUUUUUUUUUUAACCCAAGGCAGUGUAUCUCGGAUUUAUAGUAAUUUAAUCUCCUUUCUGUUUCAAAACGGUAGAAUACACAUUGAGGGAAUUUUGGCUGCUAAGUUUUGCAGAUCGAAAGACCACUUUCUCUCAUUGCUGUAGCCCCAGGCCACCUUCUCAUUUCAGAAUUGCAUAGGACUACAUUAUCUUAUGUAUUAUUUCAUUGGUAGAAUGUAAAUUGAAGGACCUUGGCUGCUAUUUCUAGCUACUUAACGACUGCAUUGGGGUUCCUUCGUUGGCUCGGAAUCUCUCGGUCGUUGUUGAUCAGUAGAUAUGACAUUAGUAGUAGUGUGUAUGUAUGUGUGUGUGUGUGUGUGUGAAUACAGUUAUUGUUUGGCUGCAAAUCUCUCCAACGAUGACCAUCUUGUUUUAUUUUUAGACUUAGUAUAUCCAAGACUAUCCAAUAUGUAUCGUUUGUUGAGGAGGAGGGUUAGAUUUUGCUGCUAUUUUUAGCAUGCCAACCGACCAGCCGCUUAGAAGCUCCUUCGUUGUCUUGCAGAGACUGCUAUGUUGGUUGUGUAUGAUGUUUUGAAUAUUUUAAAUUUAAUUGUUGGAAGCCCAGUCAAGUCUAAUAUUUGGUUCCUGAUUUUGGUCAAAUGUUAAUGUUGAGGGAAUUUUUUACAGACCGUGACCAAAAGUGUCCCAGCUGUGACUGUCCCUCUUAUUCUCUAUCCUGUCGAAUAGUGUUGUGUCUCUUAUCCGAUGUAUCCGUUAUCUAGUUCACAGUUGCUCCAAAUGCUGGGCCUCGUAAGCGUAGCUACAGCAACUGCGAAUCACGCUAGGCGAGGGGUGAGUUGUCCCAGCCGUGACCGUUCCUCUUGCUCUGUCUCUUAUCUUAUUGUGUAGUGUCUGAGGCCGAUGCAGUCGUUAUCUAAAACAGUCGAACAGCUGGAGCCUUCACAGUUAGGCCAAAUACUGAACCUCACUAGGGUAGCUACGGCUACUGCGAAUCAAACUAAGUGAGAGGUGGGUUGCAAUGAAGAUAGUCCGUUCUGGGUGGCGCUUUGGUAAAUUUUCAGAUUAACACCCGCACGAUUUUCACUAGGGUGUUAGGGUUAGGGUUUUAUAGUUAGGGUUACGGUUGCGGUUAGGGUUAGGGAAUUCCGUCCCUAACCCUAACACCCUAGUGUAGAUGGUGCGAGUGUUAAUCUGAAAAUUUACCGGCGCUUUUAUGAGGAUAGCACUUUUGAUUCUACUGUAUAAUCUUGUAUGGUGGGUGAUAAAUUCAAGCGUUGCCUCGAGCGGCACACACUAGCAACGCCACUGGUGAUUCGAGGUCGAUUUGGCAGCUAUUUCCAGUAAGAAAACAAGCUUUGUAAGACGAUAAGGUGGUGGUAGCUGUUUCUGUUGUUCCUCUCAGACCUGAAGGAUUUGGAAACAGAAACCUGUUCAACAUGGAAUUAUUCCAAAGGAGUUACAAGCUGACAGAUAAGCCGAAAGACAAAACCCUGUUCCACUGUAGUAUUUGCAGCAAAAUAUUCUCUCAAAAUAUUUAUUUAAAGCAACAUAUGAAAACACAUGAAGAGGAGAUGGGUGUGAAAAAAGAUGUACCAAAGGAGAAACCUGUACACAAGUGUGAAUUCUGUGACAAAACAUUUGAUAGAAACAGCAGUUUAGUUUAUCAUAGGAGGUCACAUACUGGAGAGAAACCUUUCGAAUGCAACGUCUGUAAUAAGAUGUUCACUCAAAAGGGAAGCCUUAAAGUGCACAUGAGAACACACACUGGGGAAAUGCCCUUCCACUGCCAAGUGUGUGAGAAAAACUUUUCCCAGGAAUGCUCGCUUAGGAUUCACAUGCGCAGACACACCGGUGAAACACCUUACAGUUGUGAGUAUUGUGAUAAGGUAUUUGCCCGAAAAGACUACUUAACUCUGCACACCAGAAGUCAUACUGGUGAAACACCAUAUCGUUGCGAUACAUGUGAAAAAGUCUUCACUCGCAAAGAGCAUCUCAAUACACACAAACGAAUCCAUACAGGUGAAAGACCAUUUAAUUGUAAAUUCUGUGGUUACUGUUUUGCUGACGUUCGAACCUUGAAACAUCACAUACGAAUACACACAGGAGAGAAACCGUAUCGAUGUGAGAUCUGUGGGAAAGCAUGUUCCAGGAAAUACAGCAUGACUAUACACAUGCGAACUCAUACACGUGCUACAAAAAUUGAAUGUGAGAUUUGCAAGAAGAUUUUUUCUCGUAAGAACAGUUUAAAUGUCCACAUGAAAUCGCACGCUGAGGUGAUGAGCCACCAGUGUCAGAUUUGCAAUGAGUAUUUCUGGAGUAAAGAAAAUCUUGCUCUACAUGUGCAAAAGCGCUGUGAAAACAAACCAUUUGAAAGUGUGCAGGAAGGUUUCCUUUCUUGUAAGUGACCAGAAUAUUCUAAUAUUCUACAAGAUAUCUGAACUGAUGCUGAAAAGUGACAGCUGCUAAAAUUGUCAAAACAACUGCAGUAAAAACUAUCCUUUCAUAAAUUCCAUAUGUGUGUAUGUGUGAUGUGUGAGUAUGUAUAUAAACACAUAUACGUGCAUGGUAGUGACUGACCAAAAGUAGCAAUCUGAAGGCUCCGUAUUCAUUGAGCUCUUCAUUGAUGUAGAGAUAGAUGUCGCUAUAAGUCUUUAACAGUUACAUAUUGGU